UUGUAAUAUCAUCGAGAUAUUUCCAAAGGCCGGCCGAUUCUGCCUAAACUUUUUUUAUCUGUUGCACUUGUUUAUUUAUGUCGCUGCAAUUUUUUGCACAAUUUAUUCAUUAUGUGUGUGAAUCUCAUACGAGUCACUUCGUAGCACGUGUUAUAGUUUUAAAUAAUAACAAUACAAAAUAAUUAAUUAAAAAAUAUGGCAAAUAUAGUGACUUGUUAGGAUUGAUGUUAUAAGUUUAUUUUAUGAUUUGUUUCGAAGUAUUUUUGUGAAAAUGUUAAAAGAAGCGGCCGGCUCCGCUGUGGACGAAGUUUGGAGGAAAUUGGGUCCAUUUGGUAAAUACACGGUUGUGAAUUAUGCUCUUUUACUUAUUCCAUGUUAUUUGUAUGGAAUGUACGGUUCCGUAUAUAAUUUUGAAGCGAUGGAUAUAAAUUACAGAUGCGAGAUACCAGAAUGCGAGGGUACAGACGAAGCAAUUUGGCUCGAAUACGCCAUUCCGAAAGAAAACAGCAAGUUCGAUAGGUGUAAAAGAUACCAGUUUAAUGGCACUGAUAAGUGCGAAGUGGGUGGGUUUACUUCUACCGUAGUGGGUUGCCAUUCCUAUGUGUACAGCGAUGAAGACUCCGUAGUUAAGGAUUUCAACCUUGGCUGCCAAAAUUGGAAGAGGACUUUAAUAGGAACGAUGUACGGUGCAGGAUUUUUCAUAUCUCUGCCAAUUACUGGCAUAUUAUCCGAUCAAUUUGGAAGAGUAAAAGCAAUGGCCGUAGCCUGUUUUUUGUGUGGCGUACUUGGGGUUAUUAGAUCAUUCUCUAUCAAUUACAUAAUGCUGAUUGCUACAGAAUUCCUUGAGACGGCCUUAGGCGCUGGAGCUUAUAAUGCUGCGUUUGUUUUCGCUAUGGAGCUUGUGCGACCAAAAGGCAGAGUCUUUGGUAAUACAUUAAUAAAUUUCGCAUACAUUUGUGGUACGAUGACCCUAUCGCUUCUCGCAUGGUACCUUCAAAACUGGAGAUAUUUACUGCGAUGCAUUUACACACCAGCAAUUCUAGUUAUAUCUUACUUAUUUAUUCUGAACGAAAACCCCCGAUGGCUACUUUGUAAAGGACGCUAUGCAGACGCGCUCUCUGUAAUAAACAAAGCGGAGAAAAUGAAUAACAUCAAAUUACCAGAAGAACUAUUGUCUUCUUUACAAUCAGAAUCUGGUGCGAAAAAUAGAAAAGGAUACAAGGAAAAUCAAGAAACGCUCACAUCGGUUCUUAAGAAAGUUACAAAAUCGAAGACGAUAGCUUUGAGACUGAUCUUAUGCUGUUACCUAUGGGUAACUUGUUCAUUUACGUAUUAUGGGUUGUCAAUAAAUUCAGUUUUCUUAGCUGGUAAUAGGUAUUUGAAUUUCCUCCUGGUCGCAUUUGUUGAGAUACCAGCUAAUGCUAUAUGCCUGUUAGUUCUGGAUAAAUUUGGGAGGAAGAAAGUUCUGGUCAUCGUUUAUAUGUUGAGCGCAGUAUUUUGUAUGAGCCUGUCGUUCAUACCCAAAGAGACUUCCAUAUGGCCUUUACUCCUUUAUUUGGGAGGAAAGUUUUCAAUAACAAUAGCAUACAGUACAGUGUAUGUAACAGUCUCUGAGGUAUUCCCCACAAACGCUAGGCAAUCCUUACUCGCUUUUUGCGCGACUACAGGAAGAGUUGGUUCCACCUUAGCUCCACAAACACCUUUGUUGGCAUUAUACUAUCACAAUCUACCAACGAUAUUUUUUGGAACCGUCGCCCUACUAGCUAGUGCUUUGGCCCUGACUUUACCUGAAACAAUAAACGUAACCUUACCGGAUAAUAUAGAAGAGGCUGAACAGAUGACCAAGUUAAAACAAGUUGCGAAGGAUUGAGAAAAUUUUAUGUUAUUAUGUUUUUAUUAUGAGUAUAAUAAGGAAAUACAAGAUUCAUAGGCGUAUCCUAAUACUCAUAUUUCUAUAUCAUAUAUUUUAUUUGUUUUUUAUAUUAAGACUUAGGAAAUAUAUUUGGUACAUUAUACGAUU